GAAUCAAACGACGUUGUUCUAUAUUUUUCUUGCACGACCUAUUUUGUCAACACCGAUACUUUCUCUUCUCUUCUCUUCUCUUCUCUUCUCAUCUCUUUUCUUUUUCUUUCUCGAGAAAAUCUAGCCCCGAGAAAAUUUCAUCUAAUUUCGGAACUGCGGUUCAAUCACUUCUCAUUAUUUCCGUAAACGGAAAUGGAUCGGAGGAGACCAGCUAGUCCAGUUUACGCCAGGCAAUGGAGUGGCGGCUCCAGCAGCACGGGAUCUUCUUCUCCGGUGAUGUCGCCGGCUCAUCCUCAGUCUCGAUUGGGUGCUUCUUCCACCAUCAAGCGAGCUCAGAAUGUUGCCGCCAAGAAGGCUGCUGAACGUUUGGCUCUGGUAAUGGCCAACAGUCAUGAACCACCAGAGGACGAGGAUGAAGACGAUGAUCUCAACUUUCGAUUCGGUGCUCCACCUCCUCCUCGUACUCACUCCUCUUAUCCAACUGUUGUCAAUAGUAAUAGUACCAAUUCGUUUCAUACGAUUUCGGGUCCAAGGAUUAACAGAUCUCCAUCCCCCGCGUUAGGUCGGAAUAUCGUAGAGAUUGUUCCUCAAGUUCGAUCCACAUCAACUGGUAGAUCCGUGCGUGUGAACCCGAGCGUACCACCGAGUAAACAACCACUUAAAACUCCGGUCUCCAUACCUCCAAUUGAACCUCCUUCUAAUAGGAUUGGAGAUAGAAGGUUUGCAUCGGAUAUUGGACAGGCCAAUUCCAAAGAUGCCGGAGAUCAGCGGGAAGCAUCGGCACUGCGUGAUGAGCUUGAUAUGCUACAAGAAGAGAACGAGAAUAUACUUGAAAAGCUUCGACUAGCAGAAGAAAAACGAGAAGAGGCGGAGGCUAGAGCUAGAAUGCUAGAGAAACAGGUGGCUACUCUCGGAGAGGGUGUGUCCUUGGAAGCUAAAUUAUUGAGCAGGAAAGAAGCAGCCCUGCGUCAAAGAGAGGCUGCACUCAAAGCUGCACAACCAACCAAGGAUAGUAGAAACGAAGAACUUGCUGCCCUUCGUUCAGAAAUCGAGAACUUAAAAGAGGAGUCAGCGGCAGCUACAGAACAACUCCGAGAAGCAGAGUCUGAAGCAAAGGCUCUUCGUGUAAUGACACAGAGAAUGGUUUUGACACAGGAAGAGAUGGAGGAGGUUGUUUUAAAGAGGUGUUGGCUUGCUCGCUACUGGGGCUUAGCUGUUCAAUAUGGCAUAUGUGCGGAUAUAGCAAUCUCAAAACAUGAGUAUUGGUCUUCUUUAGCUCCUUUGCCGUUUGAAGUUGUAAUUUCUGCAGGACAAAAAGCUAAGGAGGAGCCUGAAGGUCGAAAUGAUCAAGAUAGGAGUAAGCUCAUCCAGGACAUAAAUGAUCUCUCUGGGGAAGGAAAUAUUGAGAGUAUGCUUUCAGUCGAAAUGGGAUUGAGAGAAUUAACAUCUCUAAAGGUUGAAGAUGCAACUGUGCUUGCAUUGGCACAACAUAGGCGUCCGAGUUUGAUUCAUCAAUCAGAUUCAAAAGCACCUGCUGAUCCGAAGUUUUCUGAGGCUUUUGAACUAAGUGAAGCUGAGGCUGAAGAUGUUCUUUUUAAGGAGGCUUGGCUUACGUACUUUUGGAGAAGAGCCAAGGCAUAUGGCGUGGAUGAGGAUGUUGCAGAUGAGCGGCUCCAGUUUUGGAUCAGCCGUAGUGGACAGCCUCCAACUUCACAUGAUGCUGUGGAUGUUGAACGAGGGCUUGUAGAGCUGAGAAAGCUUGGAAUAGAACAACAGCUUUGGGAGGCAUCUCGAAAGGAAAUUGAUCAAUCUUCUGCAUUCUCACUCAGUAAUCACAAAUCUGCAAAAGACUUGGACACCUUAUCCUGAAAGAUCGCUCGCAUUUAUACGGACUCAAAUGCGCGGUCUGUAAGAACAAUAGCUUAGGAGGUGUUUAAUCCACUGGGUUAGUGAGAAAUUAUGGGAGUUUUGCCACAAUUUAUGGAGGUCUGGUGAUCCAGUGUUCAUUGAUAAAAAUGAUAUAUAAUUGGUAUAAUUUUGGAUUUAAUUUUACUUUGAUUGUAACCAUUUUGUUUUUAAAUUAAGACUAUUUUUUUUAAUCACUUACUCUAGUUUGUAUCAAUUUUACGUAGAAAAAUUGUAUUCUUAGUGUAAUUUCAAAAACAAACAAAAAACGAAACGGUUACCAAAUGGGACGAUAGUUACUUGUUUAUAUUAUUUCAAA